GAGUGAAGGUGAACAGACGCGAGGCAGAACAUUCUCUAAACACUCCGGUGUCUUGUUUCAGAACAAUACAUUUAAUAGUCCAGUGAACGAAGUUAUUGAAAUUUGCAAGUGUUAUUUUACUAAAGAUUCUAGUGAUCGUUUGAGAAAGAUUUCCGCAUCGCAUACAGAAAAAAAUUAAAUAAAAACCUGACUAUUCAUAUCUGUGUGGUUUGAAAAAUAGUUGUAAUCACCCAAGGCCUAUCGGAAAUACAACCAUUACUCAGAAGAGACGGAUGACGUAAAUUAAAGGCUGGGUUCACCAAACACGAAGUAGGCACAGUCACAGGAAUGGCAGUGAGCAAAUCUGCAGCAGAGUGUGUGUAGUGUUUGUCUCUCAAGAAGACUGAAGAUAACACUCACACCAUGCCUCUCUCUACGGCCGUCCAGGACUUGCCUCACUGUGGAAGAGGACAGAGAGGCAUUGAUUUCUUCUUCAAGAGUUCCCCUGUGUUGACAUCUCCCGUGCAAGAGAAAAGAGACAUUUUGGCAUAUUUUAAAAGAGUAGAAAUACCAAAGGAUCAAGAGGACCAGAGUUACAAUUCUUCUCUCUCAAACAACACAGAUGAUGCAGAUUGCUCCUUGUUCAGUUCAGAAGAAGAAACUAAGCAAGAAAAAAAUGGGAAGAUCAAUAGCAAGGUAAAAGAUUCCAAUCUGUCCAAAAAUUGCAAUAAGAAAGUUAAUACAAAGUGCCCUAGCAGUGGAACAAAGGAGACAAGCAUAGAUGUAAUUAAUUUAACCGAUGAUACUGAACCUGGUGAAGAUGCAAGUGCUAAAGGUCAGAGUGUGAAGGGGUGCAAUAAUGAUGGCAAGUCACUGAAGAAGUCUAAGGACCAAGGUACAUCUGACACCAGUGUGGAUGGAAAAGUGUCCCCAACAGUCAGUGCAGCUCCUGUGUCUCACGGUGAAGAAGGGAUUGUGAAGAGAGAAAUUGGUUCAUCUGAGGCAAAGGGCAAGGAGCAUUCAGCAACAAGCAGCAAUGGAACCACAGAAGCCAAACCACAGUUGAAGAAUCCAUUGCCACCACCAGAAAAUAAGAAGAAUGUUUUCACUUUUAUGAUGGCCAACAGGACAAAGCAGACUGAAGCAGGCAAACACUCAGGUGAAGAGGGAGAUUGUAAUUGUCAGGAAAGUAAUGAUGAUUGUGUGGUUGUUAUGGACAGUCCAUCCCAGGAGUGUGAGAUACCGGGAAAGACUUCAGCAAAGGCUCCUGAGAAUGUGAACCCUGCUGUGGCAAAGAAAAAAUUACAAGAAGUUCAGUGUGAUAAGGAAAAAGAAAUUGCUGAUAAAGUUAUAGACCAUGACUCUAUAGAAGCUAUCAAAACUCCAGUAAAUGUGAAUUCUUCUGACCAAAAGAAAAAGUCACAAAAAUUGAAGACAGAAAGAAAAGAAAAGAAAGAUAAAACUACUGACCUUGAUUCAUCACUUCAGGACUUUGACUUAACACCACUUGAUAAACCUAAAAGGAAGAGAAUUAGGAAGCCCAGAAUUGUGAAAGAGGAGAACAGUGGUAUCAAACCUUGCUUAGAGGAGGUUGCAAUGCCAAGUGACCUUCCCAAACCGAUCCCUAAGGAAGUGAUGUCAAACUGUAUCUCCUUUUCUGACUACAUGAAGAGUGCUUGCAGUAUGGUAAAGGAGAGCGCUGUGAAGGAAAGUAAUGAGCUGAAGGAAAACGAAGAAUCAAUAAAUAAGUGUAAAGAUGAACUACAGCAGGUCCCAGAUAGCAAUUCUGGUAACACCAAGGAUAACAAAGAAUGUGGUAGUGACAAUGUGACAGAGAUUGUAAGUGUUUCAUCAGAGUGCAACACAGUGGCAAAGAAAACGAAGCUUUCUUAUCCUUCAGAAAAGUUAGAUGAGAAACCUCAAGUCCAGAUUGAUGUUAAAGAUACAGGAGUGUCUCAGUCAAACCAGGUGCCAGCCAAGGUGAAAAGAAAGAGGACGCGCAGAAAAAUACUUGUGUCAAGUGACUCCGAAGAGGACUUCAUGGCGUCAAAAUCAGCUGGAGCGUCCAAGAAGAAAGGUCCUAAGAAUUGUGAUAAACCUCCUCCAGUUUCUAACAGUUCAAGGAUUUCUAAUUUCUUCAAAAAGAUCAAUCAAAAGGAAAAUGAUGAAGAGGAAAAUAAGAUUGUGUUUACUGUACAAGCAGAUGUGCAUGCUCCCCUUGAUGGCAAUAAGGAAACUGAAAGGAAACUUGGCAGCUCAACCCACACUGAGGCUUGUGGAGAAUCAGAGGACAGCUCUUCCAGCAGAAGAAAGGAAAUAAGUUCUAAUACUUGCAGUUUGAAAAAGAAUGCAAGAUGUAAGAAGGGUAUGCAGAAUAAUAACCUAGAUGAAUUGAAUAAGAUCGAACUGCUUGAACAGAUUCCUCCUACAAAACCAUUGUCCAAGAAAGUCCUGAAUAAAGUUUGUGUUAAAGCAAAAGGUGGUGAUAUGGAAAAGAUGAGCAACUACACAAACAAUGCAGGGAGUAGCAGAAGCAAGAUGACAGUGGUCCCAAGGAAAGGGAAGUUCACACGGAAAGGAAGUCUGAGCACAAAAAAAGAAGGUAUUAGAAAUACGAUAAAUGCAGGAAAGAGAUUGCUAAAGAGGAAAAAAGCCCCAUCAGUCUCAUCAGAGGAAGAGAGUUCAGAUGAACUGUUCAUUAGAAACAAGAAAACAAAUGAACCAAUACAGAGUGACAAAGAUAUAUCAGUAACAAGUGAAAGCAGCAGCAGCAGCAGUAGCAGUAGUAGUGCUAAUAGUAGUGUUGUUAGUCUUGAUGCUGAAGAGAAAUCCAGCAGCACAAUGCAGUCUUCUCCCGAGGCGAGUGAGGAUGACAAGGAGAACGUGGCGCACUACACCUCACAACUCCUGUCCCGCCCCGGCAAACUUAGCUUACGGUUAAGAAGAGUUCCUAUUCCUCAAAAAAUCUGCAGGAAAGAGAAGGUGAAGGAGAGAAAAGUUAAUAAGAAUACUAAACAGCUGAAGAAAGCUAAAGGUAUCAAAAGGAAUCUCAAAAAUAGAAAGCUCCGUACCACCAUGAAGCAAAAGAGUUCCAAGGAGGAGGCUGGCAGAGACACAGCAAAUGACAAGGAAACAAUAACUCUUGAUGUCAGUGACCAGGCAGAUGACACUGCCGACAAACAACUCACUAAAAAGACGCCAAAGAGAGGGAAGACCACUCAGGCUCUGCUGAGUCCUCUUGCAUCCAAGUCAGCUCCAAAGGGAAGGCUGCAGAAGAAGAGUUUACUCCUUAGCAAGAAGUGCGACGGAAAGGCAGAGAGUGAGGUGCAGGACAGCUCACAGCGCAGAGCACCGAGACGUGCUGCUGCCACUGCCAAGAAGUACACUGAAGAAGUAACAGUUGAUGAUGAAGAUGAUAAGCCAAAGAAGGCAGAGAAAAGUACCCAAAAGUUGGUUACAACCAAAGGUGUGAAGUUAGCUCCUAUAUUUUGCAAGAAAUCAUCAUCACCAGAUGUGGAGCUAGUCAAGGUGGUUCCAUUGUCACCAAGCAAACUUAAAGCUCGCCAGGAAUUCCUCAACUCAAGUAUAACAGAUGAUGUGAAGAAGCAACUUGCUGUAGAGAAGAGCAAUGGUGAGGAUGAGGCUCUUCCAUGGCCGCCAUUCCCUGCGGUGAGUCACACUCAGCAGAGAGAGGAGGGGGCUGAAGUAUGGAAUCUGAAAGAUUCUGAAAUACCAUUGAAGAAAGAACCUUCCUACUCUCCGUCAUUAGAAAGUUUCACAUUUGCUGAAGAUAAAAAAGUCCUGAGUAGAAGGAAUGUCUGUCAGAAGAAGGUUUCUCCCCAUGUUCCUCGCCUGGAGCUUGGGGACAUUGUGUUCUCCCUUAGCUGCAUGAAGGUGAAAUACCCAGACUUCCCUGUGUAUGAAGUCUUCAAGGCCUACUAUGAGCUGAAAAAGGAAGCAGUUGAAGCAUACCAGAAGGAAGUGAAGAAAGAAGAGACUGUAGUGAACCUUGAUGACAGUGAUGAAGAAGAAAACUCUGCCAAGAGAAGGAAACGCAAGCGCAAGAGUAAACUUUCUAUGCUAGGAAGAGGCAAGCGAAGAAAACUUGGAGGUUGCAAGGAGACAUUGGAAGAGACUCAACAGAACCAGCAGGAUGAAGUUGAUGCUGUGUGGCACGAGAGGACGCCUCACGUUUGGACUCAGAUAUUCAUGCCCAAGAAUUCUGAAAUGGUUAUUGGGAACACUGAAAAUGUGAAGAGACUUAAACUUUGGCUUCAGGAAUGGAAGAAUAAGCCCCAAAUUAAACCUAAAAAGAGAAAGAAAAAGUCAAAAAGAGUACACUUAACAGAUGACUUUAUGGUGUCUGAUGAGUCGACUCUUGAUGAUGAUGAUGAUGAGGGCAUUGUGAGCACCUACCUGGUGUGUGGGCCACCUGGUGCUGGGAAGACUGCUGCUGUGUAUGCCUUGGCUAGUGAAUUGGGAUACAAGGUGCUGGAAGUGAAUGCAUCCUCUCGACGGCAAGGCAGGCAAGUCAUGAGUCAGUUGGCUGAAGCUACUCAGUCACAUUCUGUCUCCAAUGCUUCUGCCUCCUCCCAGACCUCCAGUGCCUUCUCUGCCUUGUUCUCCACCAGGACGUCAAACACUGUGCCGACCAAGGCAGAAAACAGCCAGACAGGAACUUCCUCAACACAGGACAAAGACUCCAACAAGAAGAGAGGUGUUUCUCUUGUUCUCUUUGAAGAUAUUGACAUUGUGUUUGAGGAGUGGGAUGAAGGCUUCAUGUCCACUGUCAACAACCUCAUGUCCACCACCAAGAGACCCAUCAUCCUCACCACCUCUCAUGCCUCCACAAACAUCCUUUCUCAAAUCAAAGAGCGUUUUGAGGUCAUAGAAUUUGUUCUGCCUUCUGAAAAGCUUACUGCCCAGUACUUGCAGUUAGCUGCUUUAGCCAAUGGGUGCCAUGUCUGCUUCCAAGAGGUUAAGGAUCUGGUGCAUCUCAAUAAAGGUGAUGUCAGGAAGUCACUGCUGGAUCUCCAGUUGUUGAGUCAGUCAGGAUCCAGCCAUGACACUUGUGACUGUGCUCAGUCUGAGGCCACCUUGGAUAUACACGAGAGAGAAGACUGGUGGAAGGAGAUAUUCCCGGAAGUAAAAAACCUCACUCUCAAGAAACCAAACCAACAGGAAUUUUAUAAAUUGGGUUUAUUGAGGACAUUUAAUGCUAAAACUCAUUUUGAAACCUUCACCCCAAAGUCAUCAGCAGGCAUUGGUUGGAAGGAAAUUGGAAGUAACAUUCACUGUGUCCUGCCUUUCUCUUUGAGUGAAAGAGAAAGACCUUCCCUCAGGUAUCCUCUGCAGCCUGAUGACCUCCUUCUCAAGAGAUCUAACUUAUGGCAGUAUGAAAGUUUGAUGUGUUCAGAUGAUGAAGAGGGAAAACAGGCUGAACCUGUGACCAAGCAACCUGACAGAAAAAUCAAACCAAAUGAUCCUCCUGAAGUACAGAAAGCUUCUCAAAGCUGUCUAGAAUCAUUGGCCAAUAUGUAUGACUCAAUGGCUCAGUUGGACAUUAUGAAUUCAUCACAGGUCAUCACUCAUGCUGCUGAAAUUAAAGAUGUUGGUUGGUGGGUUAAGCAACCAACUGCAGGCUUAAGCAACACCCCUAGCCCUUCUCAUCCCCUCUGGACACCUCACAGCAAUGAUUGCAUUAUUCAAGAAAUAGCUCACAAGGCUGUAGCUCGUUGUGUUGGGGAAGUUGCCUCAUCUCUUGAAGGAGUGACUGGCAAAGACUGUCCACAGCUUUGCCUGCCUUGUGAUGCGAGGGAUGAGUUGCAAAGCUGUAUUGCGCAGUUAUCCAGCAGUGAACGUGAGAGAGCAGAGAAAAGGGAUGUCAUGAGCAGAAUAUUUGAACACUUGCCAGCAGUGACUCAGCUGAAUCGCAGUGCUGGGCUGGACUACCUUCCUGUUCUCAGAGAUCUGGCUCGGGAAGAUGAGCUUGGGGCAGCACUGGGAAGGGGAAGACGAAGCAGACGGUUCCUGAGUUAUUUCCUACAGUUGGGUUGGAGUGUAUCUCCGGAAGAUAGAUUAUCAUUAGCUAAUUCUUUGCUUUCUUAGUUCUUUGUAGAAUUUUUGUUCCUCAGUUGUUUAUCACUGUAAUGGUAUGGAUGUAUUUUCUUUUAGAUACCGUUGUGAAAUAUUUCUUUAUAAGCACAUACUGGAUUUAAUAUUUUCACAUGCUUUUUAUAUUUACUUAAACCUGUAACAUUUUCCAUUUUUAUUAGCUUGUUUCUUUUCUAUUUUUGUUACUAACUGACAAGAGGCAUCGGGAAUUGUUUGAAGGAGUAUGGGAUCAGAUUCAGGCUGGAUCAGCCUUGCUCAAAGCAGCUGCCUCACCAUGGGGAGGCACUGAUAUUUUAUUUUUAUUUUAUUUAUUAUUUUUUUUUUGGUUAAUGAGUGUACAUUUGCCUGCUAUAACUUGUUAUGGGUAGGUCUAUUAUAAAUAGAUUGCAAGAAUAGAAACUGUAAAAUAUAUAUUAAAAAGCCAUAAUUUCUAAUUUUGUACUUUUUAUAUAACUACAUCAGGGUCUAGUUACAUGCACCUUUACUUGUGUAUAUGAACACUAUGUACAUUUGUUUUUAUUGUGUAAUCAAAAUUCUCUUAGAGAUGUGUGGAGGUAAUUGUUGAUGAUUGCUUGCCAAGCAAUGAUGAAACAAUCUGUAAUGUGAUAAAAAGUUCUAUAUACAUUAAUUCUUGUGUGAGGUACUUUUCACAUAACAUGAUAUGGUCUUUGAUGUAAUGAGAUCCUGAUGUAAGUACUUGCCUGCACAUAAUGUGAUAGUAUGUACAUAGAACUACUUGUUUUGUUGAGUAAUUGUCAGGACUUACAUAUUCUUAAAAUUUUAUUUAAAAGUAUAAGAAGAUUUUUAUACUUUUCUUUGAGACCAACUUGAUAAUAACUCUGGGAUCAAAUUUUCUACAAAAAAUAGAGGCAAUUUAGUUUUAUUCUGUAUUCUGAAAACUUCAUUCACUUCAAAGUGAACCCUAUUAUUUAUAAACAACCAAUUUAUAAUUUUUAUUUUAAUGCAGAUUCUGCAACAUUGCUCCAAUCAUAAUAUAAUUUCAAAUAUAUGCAUACUUGUAAAGUCUGCAAAAUAUUCUGAAUUGAAUUGGAGUAUUAUGACUGCCUAUACAAAAAUUGUAUGAUACUGAUAGUGACUUAAAAAUGGCCUUUGCAUAUGUAGGUGAUUCCUUCAAUGCACAGCACUGAUGGUAUUGAAAUGUUUUGCCUAGUAUAGGAUGUCACCCUGUGCAUUACUUUAUUUAAUCAUUAUGUUUUUAUAACUUUUGGAGGGCUGCUUUGUCAGAAAAUUUAACUCCAGGAAUUCAUAUAAUUUAAGGAUAAUUUAUUUAAUGCAAUAUUCUUUUAAAUAAAUGUUACUUUCUUGGAUUUCCGCAAGGGGGAAGAAUGUGGUUCCUUUGCUUGAAAGUAGUCAUCAGAACCUGAUUAGAAAUAGUAAAUGAUAAAUUAAUCAAGACGUGUAUUGGAGAACAUAGUGCAUUAGAUGAUUGUGUUAUCGCUGUAAUGGCAUGCCAGGGAACUAACACUUUUGUGGUAGAUUUUUUUUUUUUUCAGUAUCCAUUUGGAAUUGUAGGUCUUGGUUGUUUUGAUGAGUACAAUUUCAGUCAUUGUUUUUUUUUUUUUUUUUUUUUUUUUUUUUACUGCUACACUUGCAGGUUAGGAGUUAGAAUGCAGCUGUGUGGUGGGGUGGCACAUUGCCUUAGACCUUUAAUAUACAUAGAUCUAGUACAUUCAUACCUUUCAAAACAUUUUGUAUUUUUAUCAUAUGUAAAAUAAUCUUUUAUAGAUUUUAUUUGAUGUUUUAUCAUACUUAGUAGCAGCACAAAACAGUGAUUUCAGAGAUCUUGCACCAGUACUUGCUGUGGCUGCUGUUAUCUGCAUGUAUCUUGAUACCAAGUUGUGAGGAACGUUAUUGAAAUUUCAUCCUGUCCACUGCAGGACAUCCACUUUGUGACAUGGUCAUUCUUAUUGCUUUCUGGACUCAUGCCCAGGAUUUUAGUUGAAAAUUUAGACAGCAAUUAAGAUUCAUGUGAAAUUUUCAUGUCUUCAGCAAAAUUUCAUUCCAACUUUGUUUUUUUUUUUUUCCUUUUAUUACCAUUCGUAGUUGGAAUUGGAUGAAGUUCUUUGUGCUUUGCAAUAAAGGCAAUAUUUACAUUUUAAUAUCGCAAAAUUGUAUUAGAUAAUGCCAAAGAGAUACAUUAAGUCCAUGUACAAAUUUGAUGUGUGAAAUUUGCAUAUUUCAUUAAAAAAAAGUGUGCCACUGUGUGUGUACAUGUGUGGGUGUGCAUGUGUUUGUGUGUAUGUGUACUCAUAUGGUGACUGAUUUAACAUGUUUGUGUGAAAGUUGUAAGUGCUCGAAAUAAAAGUACAAGUACAUA